AUGGAUGCAGAUCACCAUCGGACAGCCUUGAAGGAGGCGAAAAACCUUCUGGGUCUAAAAUCUGGCAGACCAAACGUGGGCCAAGCAGUUGCUUCGUCGAACGCACCCUCUAUAGCAUCUCACUUAACAACACGAUUCCCUGUUCCUCAAUAUCACGCUCUGAAGAGUUCUCAAGAUAUGCCGAUGCCCCUCCACCAAGCACAUGUGCUCCGAAUCCUAGGCCUGGGCCAAAGCCUCAACCAAAGCCGCGUCCUCAACAACCACGACCAAUUCCAUCAGUCUGCCCUCACCGGCCAGAAGCCUGGCCCCAGUCUGCGGCUCAAAGCGCGUCCUCAAAAGCUAGGACCAAUGCCAUCGCCCAAUCCAGCAAAUAGCAUGACUCUGACAGGCCCACCAAUUCAGAUUCCACCGCCUACAGCAGCUGUGUCCAUAUCACUUAACGUGAUAGACUUUGUAGCUGGUUUAUUUUCUGAACUGGGCCCUGGCCCAUUACCCACCCCACCUCCCUCGCCACCACCGACCCCACCACCGGAAGGCCGUUCCUCCACCUUCAUGAACAGCCACUAUCAAUAUAUCGCAGUGCAUGCAUGA